GAGAUUUUGUUGUUGAAUCCCCCCCUUGCUGUUCUCCCAUUUUUAUUUUGGUUGGUUUUUUGUUUGUCGUCCGUCGUCGUCCGUCGUCGGCUUUCCAUUUAUUGGCGUUGCUAUUUGCUCGCCUCCAUUUACUUGUCAUCGCUAAAGACUGGUUUCUGGCAGUCUUUGAGAGCCCCCUCACUCGUCCGUCUUUGCUCGUUACCGUCUGGGUUCUGAAGCAAUUGCUGCAUACGGCGACGUUAUCCACAUUCUACUAGUACCUUUUACCCUCACCUUGCAUCUACCUUUUACAAAUGUCUGAACUUCGUCGCAAGCUGGUUAUUGUCGGUGACGGUGCCUGCGGAAAGACAUGUUUGUUGAUUGUCUUUUCCAAGGGGACCUUCCCCGAGGUGUACGUCCCUACCGUUUUCGAAAACUAUGUGGCGGACGUGGAGGUGGAUGGCAAGCGAGUUGAGCUUGCUCUUUGGGAUACCGCUGGGCAAGAAGACUAUGACCGUUUGCGUCCGCUUUCUUACCCCGACUCGCACGUCAUCCUCAUCUGUUUCGCCAUUGACUCCCCCGAUUCGCUAGACAAUGUUCAGGAAAAGUGGAUUUCUGAGGUGUUACACUUUUGCGCGGGACUGCCAAUUAUUUUGGUUGGAUGUAAAAAGGAUUUGCGGAACGAUCCCAAGACCAUUGAGGAGCUGCGCAAGACUCACCAGUCUCCCGUUACUCCUGAGGAGGGCCAAGCAGUUGCUCAAAAGAUUGCCGCCUGGAAAUACCUUGAAUGCAGUGCAAGAACAAACGAGGGUGUCAGAGAGGUGUUUGAGCACGCCACGAGGGCCGCUCUGACUGUGUCCCGGAUAAAGAAGGGCGGUAAGAAGCCCGGUUGCCAGCUCCUCUAAACAACAAGAUGAACAGAAUGGAAAAAAAAGCGAAUGGAGAAAAGAAAAUGUAACAGCCCACAGGCUCCCCUAUAUUGUAUUAUGGAUUUCCGAAACCCUCCCUGUAGAGUAUUCAAAUCUUGUGUUGUUGUUGUUGUUGUUAUGGUUCUUCUUUUCGGCGCCUGCCCCCAAUCGCUCGAGCAGCGUCCGUUGCGCGUUCCUUUCUUGACUUUUGUGUUGGUGGGGCGUUUGGAAUUUCGUAGAUGGUUUCUUUUGGAUGGUGGGGGUGGAUUUGGUUAUUCCCCGUUUCUCGUUUCUUUUUUUUUUUUUUUUCGCUUGUUUCUCUCUCUCUGUUUUUCCAGUGUGUGCGUUGCGUCGGUUUUGUUUCUUUUGUUAUUGCCCUCCUUUUUUUCUUUCCUUUCCGUUUCCUUUACACGAAUAUAAUGUCAAAGUAGUGGCAUGAUGAUGUUGUGGGGCCUUUAUAUUUUCAGCUGCUGUAUCGAUUUUUAACGUGUGGACAUUUGCC